AUGAAGCCUCCGUUCAGCGACAAUGUGAUCGAGUCUAUUACAACGUGUAAAAUUCCACCGUUUCGGAAACAACAGCCAGCUCUGUGGUUCGCUCAAAUAGAAUCACUAUUCCAGAUACAUCGUGUCCGCUCUGAUGAUGGCAGAUAUCACCUUGUCAUCGGUGCACUCGACUCUAAAGCAAUUCAGGAAAUAGCGGACAACCUGGCAUCACCACCUGUCAUUGACAAAUAUGUCACUUUGAAAACGCAGUUACUUGCACGUUUCGCAGAUUCAGCAGACAAGCAGCUCCACCGUCUACUCACAGACUUGGAGCUUGGCAACCGCAAGCCCUCGCAACUCCUCCGUCACAUGAGGAUGCUUGCAGGCGACCGAGUGUCACAGGACAUCCUGCGAGUGCACUGGCUAGCACUUCUACCACCCGGGAUACAGCGAGUCCUCAAGAUCCUUUGGACAACCUGUUUAGAGGAUCUCUCAACAGUUGCAGACGAGCUCAUGGAAGGCUCAUUUACAUCUCAAGUUCUUGCAGUUGCUGCACCACAUUCACUGUCACCAGGUCGACUGGGAACUACAGCCUCUGCCGACACCCAAACCAUUCAGCGGGACUGCCCACCCAGCGUCAACGUACAUGUUCCAGGUCGCGCUCUCGUAACAGCCACACUCAGCAACCAACCAGCCAGUGGUGCUAUUACCACCGCCGCUUCGGUGCUGCUGCGAGACGAUGCCAGCAGCCGCGCAGCUUUACACUCCAAGCCACCAAUGCAAAUAGCGCGGGAAACUGACGUCGCUGCCGUCGACACAGGCAAUCGGCGACAGACCACGAACAUUAGGUUCUUGGUCGACUGUGGAUCCGUUGUUUCGCUGAUUCCUCGGAAGUGCGUGCACAGGAAGCUCACUCCUACCGCUAUUCGCUACAACUAUUCGCUGCCAAUUCAUCAGCCAUCUGCACAUUUGGGUCAGGUAUGUAAGACAACCAUUUUUAGUGUCUCCGCAACCAGCCAGCACAAUCUUCCGGACUCACCACACCGAGAGGCAUAUACCACACUACUGGACUCGCACGCUGCAGUUUUCGCACCAAGGCCAACUCCUUCAGCGAUCCGCUUUGACGGGAUCGCACAUCACAUAGAAACCACAGGACUUCCAGUGUUCAAGCGUCCACGACGACUUCUAGGUGACAAAUUGGCAGCCGCCAAGGCAGACUUCGACCUUCUCUUGCAUCUCGGGGUCGUGCAACCUUCACGCAGUCAAUGGGCGAGUCCGAUACACAUGGUGCAGAAAAACCAGGGUGGCUGGCGCACAACAGGUGAUUAUCGGCGUCUGAAUUCUCAAACUGUUCCAGACAGAUAUCCGAUUCCACGAAUAGAGGACAUCCUGCAACAGUUGCACGGGAAAAAGGUCUUUUCCACGCUAGACCUAAUCCGAGCUUAUCACCAAAUUCCUGUUGCACCGGAGAACGUCCCCAAAACCGCUGUCACGACACCCUUCGGCCUGUUCGAAUACUUAGGCAUGCCGCCUGGACUCCGAAAUGCCACGUAA